AUUCAGAUUUCAGACUUUUAUAAGGAAGAGUGACCCGGAGAAAUGCACCACGAUUAAUUUUUCUUGAGUCAUACGCUUGGGAGAGGCUGUUCCAACACAAAUCUCUGAGCUAAAUGAAACAGGCCCCUUGCUCUCUGUUUUCAAUCGUGGGGAAAACUGGAAAAGUUCAUGGGUAAUAUCCUCUAAUCAGAUUUCAUCAUCAUCUUAAUCAUAAACUUUAUAUACAUAGGUGAUCAGAGGCACUCUUGGUUGGUUUAAUUCCGCCGAGUCAUCGAGCCAUCCUGUAAAUUUGCAGAUUGUUCAUCACCUCUAAGUAAUUGAUCGAUACAAUUGUUUCAUCUUUUCAAGUGUUUGAAUAAUUCUCUGGAAUGGAUCAGCCGGAAGCAAAGCAACAAAAGAUGAGUUUGGAUUGGGAAGAGUCAUUUAACCUUUUUGAAGAAGCGGUUGCUUCUGAGAGUACUGCUAUGCAAAUUCAAGCCAUAAUCAAGGUCGCCCAGCUUUCUAAUUAUGCACCGGACAAUGUACUAACACGUGCGGUGCCAAUCCUCACACAGCUUCUUGGCGGUAGCUCCAGUCCAUUGGUUCAAGAAGCCGCUGCUUAUUGCUUAAAAUGCAUAGCCCAUCAAGGUGAUCUGGAUGAUCGGUUGGCAACACUCAUUGGGCAGUCUGGUGCUAUUCCUAUUACACUCAGACUGUUGCAGCAUUCCCACGGUGGCCUUCAGGGAGUUCUAGUGAAAUUUCUUUGGAGCAUUGUUACAUUUGGUACACACAAUAGGGUAAUCGUAGUUAGAAAUGGUGGAUUGGAGGUCAUAAUCAAUAUGUUAGGGUCAUGCGUGGGUAGUACGAGGCGGCACUUGUUAGAGAUAUUAAGCGCAUUGGUGUGGUUGAGAGAGGUGAGGAGGGUCAUAACCAGUCCAGAAGGCCUUCAGUUUCUUGUUGAGGCGGUCAAGUUCGGUGGCAUGGCCUCUAGGGAAAGGGCUGCUUAUGCGGUGGGGUCGCUUGGAGUGGCAAGAAGCGCUAGGACUGUGCUUGUUGAUUUGGGAGCAAUGCAGGCGCUUAUGGAGUUGCUCAGAGAGGGAGACAUCUCGGCAAAAUUGGUAGCUGGCAAUGCACUGGGGGUGAUCUCAGCGAACGUGGACUGCAUCAGGCCACUUGCUCAAGCCGGGGCUAUUCCUUUGUACGCAGAGCUGCUCCGGGGAGCAGAGCCCGUGGGGAAGGAGAUUGCGGAGGAUGUGUUUUGUGUCUUGGCUAUUGCAGAAGUGAAUGCAGUCUCAAUCGCUCAGCACUUGGCGCAAAUCCUUAGAGAAAACGAUGAUAUUGCCAAGGCUGCAGCUGCCGAAAUUUUAGGCCAUCUCUCGAGAUACAAACAUUCAGUGCCCUUUAUCACAAACUCUGGUGCGAUUCCGGUUCUUGUUGAGCUUCUGAGGCAGGGGAGUGAUGAAGUGAAAGAGAAGGCAUCAGGGGCCAUUGCUCAGUUGAGCUAUAAUGCAGGAGACCGAGCAGCCCUAGCGGACGCCGGCGCAAUUCCGAUUCUGAUGGAUUUAUUGGGUGAUGAUCAAUCAGAGGAGCUAAGAAAUAAAGCUGCAGAAGCUCUCAUCAGUUUUUCUGAAGACCCUUCACAGCGUGACAGAAUAUCUGAGGCAUUCAACAUUACUUCAUUCCAGGACAUCCACAACAGACUGGCACAGCUUCGUGCUCCCGAUAAUAAUGGCGAGCAAAUGGCCAGACCUUCGAGACAGAUGAUGAGCAUGGAGCAGCUUCCUUGGGACCCUAAUAUUCUCUAAUUCUAUCCCAUUAAUGGAACAAUUCACGCCUUUUCAUCAUUUAAUAUCAUAUUACUUUGAAAUAUAA